ACGCAGGAAGUUUAAGUUUAGAAGAGUGUGUUUAUUUUAUGACGUGUAUGCCAUUAAGUAUUGUAUCCACAUAGCUUAGCAAUCAUAAGCAAUGCAAGGAAGGUGACAUGUUUGGUUUAUCUCAGUGUGAUCUUUGAUACCAUUGCAACACUCCAUCCUCGCAGGGUCAGUGCAGAUCUCACUUCAUAUUUCAUCAUUAGCCAUUCCUAGCUGAGUGAAGCCAGACGUAGGGAUCGGCUGUUCUUUACAUUGGAAGCGUUAGUUGCAUACAGCAAUGGGUUUAAAAUCUCCUGACUAAUAAAACAUACGAAAGUUACCUGAAUUGAAGCUAGAGGUUUUUAUUUUAUUUUAUUUAUUUAUUUUUUUGUUAUACUGUAAAGCUUUGGAAAGUCUGCUGUCGUUGUAGCUAUGAAGGGGAAGGCGGUUUUGGAGGGGUGCUCGCCUGUGGUUGCUAUUGUCUUGAUUGUAUGGUUUUCACAGCUAUCAGCUGCUCAGAGCUCUUGUGAAAGUCACUGUGGUCAGCUCUCAGGGGAUUGCUCUUGCCAGCCUACCUGUGAGUCUCUGAAGGAGUGCUGUGCAGAUUAUCGACAGUUCUGCCUGCAGAUCUCCCCACACUCUGGUACUCUCCUGGGCGGAGCUGAUUUUAUCAUCUUGAACACAACUUUUGAUCCUGCCUCUAAACUUGUCUGCAGGUUUAAUUCUGAGAUCGACACAAAGGGAUAUGUUGAUAGUGGAAACAGAGGUCAUUGUGUUUCACCAUUACUGUAUGAAAGUGGCUGGAUUCCCUUUGUAGUGUCAUCAGAUAAUGGAACAACAUUUAACCGGCAUGGCACAUGGCUAGCAGUCCAUCACAGCAAAGUGAGUGCGGAAUUUAAAAUCACUCUUCACAAUGCAACAAAGUGGCAGUACUAUGGCACACCCAAUACUGGAGGGUCCCUGACCAUGAGCUGGGAUGCCUCAUUGCUGACAUCUGUGACUGUCAAUGUUGAGCUCUGGGGUUACAGAGAAACAGGUGAGGCCUAUUCAGACUCCUGGAACCCAGAACUGAGAUUUUUAUACUCCCUGGGAAAAGCUGUUCCCAACAGUGGCUCCUUUACCUUUGUCCCCCACUGUGCUGAGAAACCCUUCUCGGACUGGGAAAUCGGAGCAUUAAGAGUCAGCCCCAGUAUGAACGAUGAGGGGGCCCGGGAUGUUGCAGCUCUGUGGACUGGAGUACAUGCGCUGGCCUGGCACCUGGAGGAGAAGUUCAGGAAAGACUCAGCUGCCUGGGCAUAUGACAAGUGCAUCAGCUGGCAUGAAACUGAGCAGAAGCUGCCUGACUUUCUGUCCGAGAUAGCCGACUGCCCAUGUACCCUGGCCCAGUCCAGAGCUGACACGGGCAGGUUUCAUACAGACUAUGGGUGUGAUAUUGAGAAGGGAAGUGUGUGUACCUACCACCCUGGAGCUGUGCACUGUGUGAGGGCAAUCCAGGCCAGUCCUAAGUAUGGAGCAGGGCAGCAGUGUUGCUAUGACCACACAGGGGCCCAGAUAUUGACAGCAGACUCCAUUGGAGGAAGCACUCCAGACAGAGGACAUGACUGGGGUUCUCCUCCGUACAGAAAGCCCCCCCGAGUUCCUGGGGUGUCCCACUGGCUGUACGAUGUCAUCACCUUCUACUACUGCUGCCUCUGGUCUGACAACUGUCACUACUACUUCACCCACCGGCCAUCCAGCGACUGCAGAACCUACAGGCCCCCCAGAGUCGGCGUGGUAUUCGGAGACCCCCAUUUCAUAACAUUGGAUGGCUCUACUUAUACCUUCAAUGGGAAAGGCGAGUACUACCUCCUGAAUACAACCUACAAAGCCCUGACUGUUCAAGUAAGGACUGAGCCUGUGUCAUUGGAGAAUGGGAGUUUAGCCAAGGCCACCAGGCUGUCAGCAGUGGCCAUGCAAGAGAGCGACUCUGACGUGAUAGAGGUGCGCACGACCAGUCUCCCUGACCAUUUGGAGGUGUUGAGAAACCAGCAAGUUCUCAGCUUCUCUGAGCAGAGCUGGAUGGACCUGAGAGGAGCGUUCCUGUACUCCUCUGUCCAGGGAAAUGUCUCAGUGAUGUUCCCGUCAGGAGCGGGGGUGGAAGUGCGAGGGAGGGGAGGGCUGAUGACAGUGAGCGUUGUACUCCCGGAGGAGUUCCUGAAUCACACCUUCGGCCUCCUCGGCUCUAUGAACAACAAUCCCCAGGAUGAUUUCGUGUUCAAAAACGGAAGUGUCCUGUUUGGGGAUUCCAGCCCGGAGGAUCUGUUUGUUUUUGGGGCAGACUGGGCUAUCUCUAAUGAAACGUCCCUCUUCACCUACGACACCACUGACCUGCUGAAUACAUACUUCUAUGCCGAAAAGCACGACCCUGCCUUUGUUCCUGUUUAUUCUGUAAUUGAAAACCCAGACGACCCCUUGUAUGGGGAGAUGUCCAAACUCUGUGGUCAGGACCCAUUCUGCAAGUUUGACGCAAUGACCACGAAGAAUCUCGCCAUGGGGAACGCAACCAAAAUCUCCUUCCAGAGCCACGUGUCCUUGGUGAAGGAUCUAAAACCAGUGUUAUCCUGUGGCUGGCUUGCUCCUCCUACGAAGGGGAAGAAGGAGGGCACGACAUACCUGGCUGGAUCAACCGUGAAGUUUACCUGCAACAAAGGCUACGUCCUCACCGGGUCUGCCGAGCGAACCUGCCUGUCCUCUGGCAUGUGGUCGGGCGACGCCCCCCACUGUGUCUCAGAUAACACCCUUGGGAUCGUGUUGGGAAGUGUGGGCGGGGCCCUUGCACUGAUCAUCAUGAUAUUCAUGAUUUACCGGCACAGCAGAAAACAGCAAUAAGAGGAAUCCCAGAGAGAGUGGUUUAUAAACCCCAGAAGCUUACUUUCAAAGUCAGUUGAAUGAAUCAAAUCAAACCCUUUCCGCCAUGCAGCUGAAAAUCUUCAGUCUGAAGACUGCGGUGCAACUUGAUGAAAAACAAAGAAAACCCAAUUAAUUACCUGGUUUUGGAUAUACAGAGUCUCCGGCUAAGAGAACACCCCUCGGGAAGCAAGCAAAGUGCUCUUACAGCCAAAGUGUUCUCUUAAGACGGAGUUAGGCACCAGACACAAUAUUAAUCAAUCAAUAAAUCAACACAUAUGUAUUACUUGUCAUGAUGCACAUGCAUCAGCAUAUGAAAUGAA